GGCGGCCCGCGCGCGCCGCGCGCGCCACGGCCGGCGGGCGCGGCCGGCGGCGCGGCCGCGCUCGCCCUCGCGGGGCGGCCGCGCGCGGGCCGGGCGGAGCCGCGCCGCGGCGGCGACUGGCCGCGGCGGGCCGCCGCGGGGGGCGGCGGGCGACUGCCGCGGAGCUCAAGGCCGAGCUCCUGGAGCUGUGCGGAGAGGGGGAGGCGGGCCGCGGCCGGGUGGAGGCGGCCCGCCGCGUGGAAGAGAUCGUCUCGGCGCUGGAGCAGGGCUACGGCGGUCCGCGCGCGGGGUGCCUGCGGGAGGCGCGGGAGGCCAUGGAGGGCCGCUGGCGGCUGCUGUGCACCUUCGUGCCCGGGGCGGCGGCCGCGGACGUCUCCAGCCUGGACAGUUGGCGCGAGUACGUGUUCGGCCGGGGGCCCUCGCCGGUGCAGGCGGCGGCGCUGUCGGGGGACGCGGCCCGGCGCGUCUACCAGGCCAUCGAGCUGGGGGGCAGCGCGGGCAGGUGGCACAACGUGGUGGACGCGCUGCCCUUCGCGGUCUUCUGCAUCCAGGCGGACGUGAGCCUGGAGGAGGCGGCGGGUGGCGCCGGAGGCCCCGCGCUGCGGUUCCAGUGGACCGGCGGCCGCAUCACGAUCUGCCGCCUGCCCUGGUCCUCGGAGGACCUCGAGGAGCCCUGGCGGCUGCCCUACCCCGUGCCCUUCGCGGCCCUCGGGGACCGCGCGCGCGGGACGUUCGACACCAUGUACCUGGACGGCGACCUGCGCAUCGCCCGCGGCUCGAAGAGCGGCAGCGUGUUCGUGCUGGUGAGGGAGGGGGGGCGCCUGCCGCUCGAGAGCGAGUACUACCCCGAGCUCACGAGCAAGCCGGCCUGA